UGGCCGCCGCUUUAACCAACUUCUCAACUCCGACAGGAAAAGUGGCUCAAAUGCGCAUUCUAUCACAGUGGAUGUGAACCAACCCAGGCGAAAACAGGGUGAACUACUGGUUGGAGAACAUUUUAUAUGCCUUUUCGGAUUAAUUUUCAUCAGGUAUUUAUUUCAAUUUGGGGUAGAAUAUUAAUUUUGUAGCGCAGUCAUCCUGAGCGCACCCGUACCUGUGCGCGCCUGACCUAUCUUGAAAGUGACUUUUUCUCUGUUGGUGGCGAAGUUUAAAACCAGGUGAAUGUAUAGCAUGAUGAUGGAAACUGACCUUCAUUCCCCCGGCCCCCAAACGAAUACAACGACGGGGCAAACGGGGCCGAAUAGUGGGUCGAAAGGGAAUCAGGAGCGAGUGAAGAGACCUAUGAACGCGUUCAUGGUGUGGUCCCGUGGGCAGCGGAGAAAGAUGGCGCAGGAGAACCCCAAAAUGCACAACUCUGAAAUCAGCAAGCGGCUGGGCGCAGAGUGGAAGCUGAUGUCCGAGGCUGAAAAGCGUCCAUUCAUCGACGAGGCUAAACGGUUACGAGCCAUGCACAUGAAGGAGCACCCGGAUUACAAGUACCGACCAAGACGGAAGACCAAGACGUUGCUGAAAAAGGACAAAUAUUCACUCGCUGGUGGACUUCUUUCUGGGCCGAGCGGUGGCGGUGGAGUUGGUUUAGGGGUUGGCAUGAGUUCAUCCGGGGUCGGACAGAGGUUGGAGAGCCCCGGGGGUCACGGAGGUUCCGCCAGCUCCGGCUAUGCGCACAUGAACGGCUGGGCGAACGGUGCGUACUCGGGGCAGGUGGCUGCAGCCGCGGCGGCCGCAGCGAUGAUGCAGGAGGCUCAGCUAGCCUACAGCCAGCACCCGGGGAGCGGAGCGCACCACCACCACCACUCACACCACCAUCAUUCACACAACCCCCAGCCCAUGCACCGCUAUGACAUGACAGCCCUGCAAUACAGCCCCAUCUCGAACUCUCAGAGCUACAUGAACGCUUCCCCAUCCGGCUACGGCGGGAUCACCUACACGCAGCACCAGAGCUCUGGCGUCUCUUCCUCAGCUGCCAUGGGGACAUUAGGGUCGCUGGUGAAGUCGGAGCCGAGUAUUUCACCGUUGCUGGAAUAGCAUCUGAACUGGGACAUUUUUGAAAAGAGGAAAAUGACCAUCAAGGCUGUGACCAGCUGAACUGGAUCACUGUGGGGAGACUAUGAUUUACGGAUAGCUCCUCAUCUCUUCUACUGGCAGGCCAUCUUUACCUUGAGCACUGGGAGAUAGGUGCUGUGGGCAAAAAGACCUCUUGGAAAAAUGUCAGCAACUGUCAGAGCCCCAAAUUUUCUCCAUUAACUCUUUCUUUCCUCUGUGAUGCUAUCUUCUCAAACCCCCUUAAUUACAUAACCCCUUCCUUCUGUCACCCAGUGUUUUGUGUCCCAGUACAGUGUCUGAUUUCAGAGCAUGCUGCUUUUUUUUUCUCAUAUUGCUGAAAAAUUAAAGGUAACAAAACAAUCCUAACACCAUAUUUUUGCCCAUCUGAGCAAACA